GUUACAAAGUGUCAUGGCGGCCACCGGGACAUUUUAGUGUGCCAGAGAUACACCGCGAGUUGUGCUGUAUUUAACUGAACUGUGUUUAUAAUCUUUUCGCGGAUAUUUGAAUGUAAAAAAUCUUUUAAACAUGGGGACCGUGCAUGCCAGGAGUCUGGACCCCCUUCCUAUGCAAGGGCCUGAGCUGGGGGUUCAAGCAGAUGACAUAGACCUGGGAGAGCCAGAGCAUCAAGAGAAACAGGAAGUUCUGGAAAAUAAAGAUGUUGUAGUACAGCAUGUCCACAUCGGUGGUCUCGGAAGAACAAAGGAAGACAUUUUAACAUACGAGAUUGCAGAUGUUUUCCGUGCCAAAAACUUGAUUGAUGUAAUGAAGAAGUCCCAUGAGGCCAGACAGAGACUUUUGCGUCUGGGUAUAUUCAGGCAUGUGGAAGUUGUCAUUGACACCGCUGAAGGUGCUGACGCGCUGCCAAAUGGACUAGAUGUGACAUUCGAGGUGAAGGAGCUGAGAAGAAUGACAGGAAGUUACAACACCAUGGUUGGGAACAACGAGGGAAGCAUGGUGCUGGGUCUGAAAUUGCCCAAUGUUUUUGGCCGUGCAGAAAAGCUGACCUUCCAGUUCUCUUAUGGGACUAAGGAAACCUCAUAUGGCUUGUCAUUCUUCAAGCCCCAGCCUGGACACUUUGAGCGCAACUUCUCCGUUAACUUGUAUAAAGUCACAGGGCAGUUCCCAUGGAGCUCACUCAGAGAAACGGAUCGAGGGGUCUCCACAGAGUUCAGCUUCCCCGUCUGGAGGACGAAUCACACUCUGAAGUGGGAGGGUGCGUGGAGAGAGCUGGGUUGUUUGGCCCGGACGUCCUCCUUCGCUGUCAGGGAGGAGAGUGGCCAUUCCCUGAAGUCCUCACUUUCUCACACAAUGGUCAUCGACACACGCAAUUCGACCAUUUUUCCAAGAAAAGGUGCCUCACUGAAGAUCAACCAGGAACUGGCAGGUUACACUGGAGGAGAUGUCAGUUUCCUGAAGGAAGACUUUGAAAUUCAGCUCAACAAGACUCUGUUCUGGGACUCGGUGCUCUCAACCUCUCUUUGGGGCGGUUUGUUGCUGCCCCUUGGAGACAAACCCUCCUCUAUUGCUGACAGAUUCUAUUUGGGUGGUCCGACCAGUGUGAGGGGCUUCAGCAUGUACAGUAUCGGCCCUCAGAGUGAAGGCGAUUACCUCGGUGGGGAGGCGUAUUGGGCCGGAGGGCUUCAUCUGUACACCCCUCUCCCAUUCAGGCCAGGUAGAGGCAGCUUCGGAGAACUUUUCAGGACACAUUUCUUCCUCAAUGCAGGAAACCUGUGUAACCUCAACUAUGGGGAAGGACCCAGGGCACACCUGAGCAAGCUGGCCGAAUGUAUCCGCUGGUCUUAUGGAGCGGGUAUCGUGUUGCGUCUAGGGAACAUCGCUCGGCUGGAGCUCAACUACUGCAUUCCCAUGGGCGUCCAGAGCGGAGACAGGAUAUGUGAUGGAGUUCAGUUUGGGGCUGGAAUCCGGUUCCUGUGAUACCACAAGUCCCAUUUUGGAACAAAGAAGCAUUUCUGUCACUUUGUACUUGUGCUAAAGGAUAUUCAUACGAUUUCCAUUUUCAGUCGCAAAGUAAUGCAGUGAAUGUUGGCUAAUUGUUCAGUGUUGGGAAAGGUCUAAAACCAAAGAUUGGUUAGGAAUCAGUUGCCCAUUUUAAAGUUAUUGGUACUUCAGAGGAGAAUAUAUCGGUAAAACGGCAAAAAAUCAGUGCUCUUAUUGUCAUAUUUAUUUGUCAGAACUAAUGUUUCUGGCUUUAACUGUGGCUUCUUUAUGUGUUUUAUAUAUAUAUAUAUAUAUAUAUAUAUAUAUAUAUAUAUAUUAUAUAUAUAUAUAUAUAUAUAUAUAUAUAUUAGUUUAAAAUAAUAAUUUAAAAAUAUAACACCGUUUUAGAGUUCUAAUUUUACUAGUUCUAUUAUCCUAUAAUAAUAGUACAAGUUUGGUUAUGUAUAUGUAAACAUAAAUUUCAACCAAAAAUAAAAAUUAGUUCACACACUCUGUACUUUUAAUCAUACAAACACCAAGUAAAUUCAUCAUCAUUCACUAUUUUUCUGUACUCCUGUAAAACAUUUGUCAAACACUGUCAAGUCGUAUUUAAAGACUAUCGGUCUUGGAUCAGUAAGCAUACAGGUACUAAAAACACACAUAUAAGUUAAAAAAUUAUUAAACCGUAUCCAUCUUA